GUCCUGGAGAAGUACGGGACCUACGAGAGCUUCGAGGUGGCCACGGGCGGGCGGCUGCUGAGCAAGUGCCAGAUCUGGUCUGUGAUCCGAAAGUACAUGCAGAAGGAAGGCUGUGUGGGAGAGCAUCCAGCAUGGAGCAUGCCACAGGUGCCAUUAAGGAGCCUUUUUUAUCCCCUCUGCCAGCAAGGUGUGGGCAAAACACUUCCACUGUCCUGGGUUCAAAAUCUGAGAAGGAUUUCUGGACCUGGCUUUUCAUGUGUUGGCUUGCAGGGCUUCCUGGGGCUGUUGGCUGCAGGGCAGGCACUGUGCAAUGCUGGCUGGUGUGGGGGCUUCCUCACCACUGCUUCUUGGCCAGACUCUAUUUCCUAUCUCUGAUUUUUCACCUGUGUCUCCAAAGAGGGUUAUUGGUGAGCAUUCUCCAAAGUAUCACCUCGCCAGUGGUACCCAGUGCAUUCCAUGCAGGCAAAGCAGGAAUGAGUGCUCCUCUGAGGUCCUUCCUCCCCAAGGACAUUUCAUUUCCUCCUCAGACACCUUUGGUUUGCCCUGAUGCCUCCUGAGGGUGUUCCUGGGAUGUGGAUUUGGCACCUUGGUCCUCCUAAGCCUUUGCUUGGGACAGAACAGAUUUCUGCAGAUGUUUCCCUAUAAUUCAUCUGCCUUUGAGUGCCCAGAGCCAGUCCCAAUACCCAGCCAAGCAGCUGCCAUCUUACAGACCUGCACUUAAACCUUGCUAGUUGAGCUCUAUCUCUUGGGUUUAUUAAUUUAUUAAAUUCAGCUACUCUGUUCUCCAUUAGUUGAGCCCUGGCUGGGCAGAAAGCGAUUGAUUUUCUUAGGUAUUGGUGUACAACUGGCUUCCUUCCAGCCCUGUGUAAUUGUCCCUGUGCUCAGAGCUAUUAGGACUGGAGUCAAUGAACCCUGUGGGUCCCUUCCAGCUCAGGACAUUCUGUGAUUCAAGGCAACACAGAGUUCAGUCACUGUUCGCACAUCAGUGUGGCUGUUUUAUCUGGGGCCUUUGAUAAGUGCUUUGGAAACAAUGAAAGCAUUGGUUUGUUCCUUUCUAUCCAAUGGAAAUUUUGCUGGAUGUGUCUGGGGUAGGGAAGAGAGAAGGGUUUCACCUGCUCUCGAUUCAGCCACGUUGGCAGAACUCGCACCCUGUACAACACCAAAACUUGUUGAAACUUCUGCAUCACUGAUAAUCUCACACCCUGUCAGGGAACUGGGUGGUUUCAGGCUGUGUCUCCCUCCCUGCACCUGUAUCUCUGAUUCCUGACUUUCACCAUCUGUGUCUGUUCUGCCGUGCCCUUUGCUUCCCUGGUCCAUACUAAUCGUGGUGGCUUGCUUAAAAGAGAAGAACCUCGUGUGGGGGUACCUUAGCCCAGAGCACGAGCAGCUGGUGUGUCUCUGCCCACGGGCAGUCCUGCAGGCAGUGUGGCCAGGCUGGUGCAGCCCCUGCAGCUGCCCUUUGUCCCCAGCACCCAUCAGCAAAGGCAGGAUCCUGCUUCCAGCACUGCAGGCAGCACGCUCCUGGGUAAGUGCUCAUGCUGGAAUUAAAUUUGUGCCCUCAAAAGCUGUUUUGUUGGGGUCCAAGCUGCAGAUCCUGAAGCUCUUCUGCUUUUCUUCUGACUUAGGACAGACAUGAUGCUGCCAGAGGUUUCCAUAUGGAUUUCAGUGGGCUCACAGCUUGCAGCAGAGAAACACUUGGCCCCACUGGUGGUGGUGCAGCUGACCGAUGACCUCCUGUCCCAGGCAGUGAUGAUGGUGGAGGACAGCCGGCCCACGCUGGCCAUCAACCUGGCCGGAGCCCGGCAGCACUGGCUGGAGGGGAUGCUGCGCCACGAGAUCGGCACUCACUACAUCCGGGGGGUCAACAACACCCGGCAGCCCUGGCACAGCUCCGAGGGCCGCAAGCAGUACAGCCUGAAGCCCGCCAACCCCACGGAGGAAGGCCUGGCCAGCCUGCACAGCGUCCUGUUCCGCAAGCAGCCCUUCCUGUGGCGAGCAGCCCUGCUCUACUACACCAUCGAGAGGGCCAGCCGCCUCUCCUUCUCUGCCCUCUUCCAGGACCUGGAGCAGUACGUCCAGGAUGCUGGGGUCCGGUGGGAGUACUGUGUGCGGGCAAAGCGGGGUCAGACGGACACCUCACAGCCAGGCUGUUUCAGUAAGGACCAGGUGUACCUGGACGGGAUUCUCCGCAUCCUGCGCCAUCGGCAGACCAUCGACUUCCCACUGCUGGCUGCACUUGGAAAGGUAAGAGCCAGGGUGAGGGUGGGGCAGGGAGUGGCUGAUCCCACAAUCCCAUCCCAAAGCUCACACAGGCUCCCUCAAUCUCAUGACUUCCCAAAAACCAGCCCUCGCCUGGCAGCCCUUCAUCUCUGUCUUUUCCUGUGCUCAUGGAUCUCUGCAUACCAGGGAAAGGCUGUGCUGGGUAGGAUGCAAGGAAGGACAGGACAAUCCAUAAUCCUCUGCGGGAGACCUUCGGGAAGAGGCUUAACCCAGCAGGUUAAGCCUUUCUGGCCCUUAGCCACAGCAGUCCUGCUGUCACCUGUCCUUGCAGUGACCGAAAAUUACCAAACCCACAAAUCCUUGCAAAUCCCACACCCCCAGCAGCUCUCCUUCUGCCUCCCCACGAGCAGCAGGGAUGUUUUGACUGACCCAGGGGUCUACAAGGGCACCAGAUGCCUCCCGUGGCACCUGCCAGGGUUUGGAGUGGAGGGGACUGACCCCCAUCUCCUUCCUACCAGGUGUCCUACGAAGAUGUGAAUCGGCUGAAGAAAUUCGGGGUCCUGGAGAAGGCUCGCAUCCCCCACUUCAUGCAGGAUCUGGAGCGGUACAUGAAGCAGCUGGAUCACAUUGUCACCACCAAUGGCCUGAACGAGGAAGAGCUGGAGCAACUGCUGCCUGACUGAGGGG